AUGAAGAGGAGGAGACGUGAGGGAGGGUGAAAAGUGAGAGAGAUGAAUGGAAAACAGCAUGUCAGAUGUGGUUAGCUGAAAGAAGAGCAGACCGGUGGGCUUGCUUUGGGACAGAGCCUUACUGUGAGUACAUCGCCUGCUUCUCACGCCAACACUACUCUGUGCUGACCUACGGUAGAGCUCCGUGGAGCAGAUCCAGAACCAGCCUUUUCCAGUUCUGCUCCUUGUCCUGGGCAGCACCCUGGAGAACCAGAACCUCCCACUGGAGCCUACAGAGGGGGGGAGCUGUGGGAAGCGCCCCACUCUGGCCCUCAUCCUGUCCAGCUUGGAGCACUUCAGUGACCCAGGAGACCCAAGUAUCUCCAUGGAUGGAUGCAUGCGGGACCUAAGUGCCCAGGAUUCAGGCAUGUUUGAAAUUCCACUACCAGAAACAGAGGAGAGGCCCUUUAAGAUCUUCCCAGAUCCGGUGGAGGUGGAGGUGGUGCUGACCCUGGAGGGACCACAGGCUCAGGUGGAGCAGGGGAAGGAGCGCCUGCCCUCCAUCGUGGUGGAGCCGGUGGACGUGAGCGAUGUGGAGAGCGGUGAGCUGCGCUGGCCCCCGCAGCCCGCAGACACCGAGGAGGGCGAGCGGGGCACCCCGCCCGCUGCCAUUGCUGAUUGGGUGGAGGGCAAACAAGGUCAGGAGGAGGACAAGGAUAGCGAGGAGCAGGGCGAGGAGGAAGAGUCCUCUGUGUUCGUCAAUAAUGAGCAAAACGGCCCUCUUCUAGACCUCCUUCCUCAACAUUUGACCCCUCCCACCAUCUCUGUGCUACAGACCUCCUUCCUCAACAUUUGACCCCUCCCGCCAUCUCUGUGCUACAGACCUCCUUCCUCAACAUUUGACCCCUCCCGCCAUCUCUGUGCUACAGACCUCCUUCCUCAACAUUUGACCCCUCCCGCCAUCUCUGUGCUACAGACCUCCUUCCUCAACAUUUGACCCCUCCCGCCAUCUCUGUGCUACAGACCUCCUUCCUCAACAUUUGACCCCUCCCGCCAUCUCUGUGCUACAGACCUCCUUCCUCAACAUUUGACCCCUCCCGCCAUCUCUGUGCUACAGACCUCCUUCCUCAACAUUUGACCCCUCCCACCAUCUCUGUGCUACAGACCUCCUUCAGCUGAGUGACUACAGUGA